AUGGAUCUGCUCAAGAGUUAUCUACUGCUCCUGUCCAUGGCUCUCUGCCUGUGUGUCUGCAGGGUCCAGGCCACGAUUGCCAUCGAGAAAGCCAAGCCAUCUCUUCCGGAUCCCAGCCAGCUGCUUGCUAAAUUCGUCAAGCCGAAACCUGUCUCCUUACCGGAUCCCAGCCAGCUGCUCGCCAAUCUUCCGGAAAAACUUACCAAGGCAAAGCCGGCGUUCUUAUCGGAUCCCAGCCAGUUGCUUUCCAAAUUCACGAAGCCAAAGCCCGUCUUUGUCAAGCCCGUCAUUGUAAAGCCUGUGGUAGUGGUCAAACCUGUCGUUGUCGGUGGAGGCGGAAGCGGAGGUGGCCAUGGACAUGGUCAUGGGCAUGGACAUCAUGGCAAGAAUAAGUUUAAGUUUUAAAUGGAAAUAAGAA